GCUCGGAUCAUGAUAUUACAAUAGUAUGUUCGUGUUUUUUCAGACCUUAAUGAUUUGGCCAAUGAUAGUAUUAAUAAAAAUGACCUAGACACCAACCAAACCCGAGAAAAAAAAUCAUACACGAAGUUAGCUCAUCAUCAGUUAUGCCCUCAUUACUGCUACGAUGAGUGCCGUCGUAAGCUUAAACCUUGUGUAUUACGGGCUUGCUCUCGUUCUAGGAGCUAUCUGUUUCGCUGUCAUAGAAUUCUUUAGGCCUGUCGACUCGAAAUUACUAUCCAGCAAGAGACGAUGGAGAAUGCCACCAGGGCCACCAGGCCAGCCAGUCGUGGGAAAUCUACUGCAGAUGUUCCAAGCUCGACGCAGUGCUCAGGCUCUCAACGAAUGGGUGAGUACAACUGCUGCUAGUCUAGAGACAACAAUUUGCUUUUUCUCAAUACGUAUCUAAACUAUCCUAGCUUAAUUCCCUGAGAGCGUAUGGCGAGAUGGCGACGCUACACAUGGGCUCCCGAACUUGGGUUGUCCUGAACUCAGAACGGGUCGUGUCCGAGCUCAUCGCCAAACGCGGGAAGAUCACGAACGAGAGGCCUCAUAUGCCGAUUGCGAGCGAUCUCGUUAGCAAUAGCAAACGCACCGUAAUCAGACAAGAAGCAGAGUGGAAAGAGGGACGCAGAGUAAUGCACCAAUUGCUUAGCGGCUCGAACCUCAAAGUAUACGCCGGCAUGCAGGAGCUCGAAAGCAUCGAUCUUCUUCGCCUGUAUCUCCAACAGCCAAACUUAUGGUACGCUCACAACUAUCGCUAUUCGACGUCGGUUCUCCACAGGGUUGUCAUGGGUUACCCUCUAAACAAGCCGAAGGCUCAACUCGACGAUUACCAGCGAGUCACGAUCGAGUUCGUGAAGAGCAUCAACGAGAGCUUUGUGGAUUUCUUCCCGGCCUUCAGCAAGCUUCCUCACUUCCUACAACCGUGGCGAAAGUACUGGGCGGACAUGGGCGCAUUCCACCGUCGCGUGUUCCAAGAAUGGUGGGACCCUGUUCGGACGGCUGUGAAAAACGGCUCAGCACCGCCCUCUUUCGUCCGCGACGUCCUUCUGCACCCGGAAGUCAGGUUCACAGGCGACGACGAGGAGGCCAUGUACCUAGCCACAUCCGUGAUGGCGGCGGGUGGGGACAACACUCGUAUGAGCAUCAACACGUUCGUCAUGGCCAUGAUCUCGCGGCCGGGGGCCCAGGAACGUGCGCAGCGCGAGGUCGACCGGGUCUGCACAGACGCGGACGGCAAGACGCUCAGACUUCCCCAGAUGACCGAUCUACCCGCGAUGCCAUACAUAGCCGCCAUGAUUAAGGAGGUCUUGCGCUGGCGCCCGACCGUCCCCAUCAUCCCGCCCCACCAGCUCACCGAGGACCUCGAGUUCGACGGCUAUCGCAUCCCCGCCGGCACCAGCUUCCUGAUCAACUCGAUCGCGCUGUCCCACGAGUUCGACGACCCGAACGAGUUCCAGCCCGAGCGGUGGAUUGACGGCUCGGAAUCGAACGCUACGGCUAACUUCUGGGGGUUCGGCGGGGGUCGCAGGAUUUGCGUGGGCUGGAAAGUCGCCCAGCAGGCUCUGUUCCUCGCAUUUGCCCGUUUGAUAUACUGUUUCGAUUUAACGCCGAACGGCCCUGUCGACGAUAGGAGACUAAACCACCAGACCGUCGAUGAGCCAUUCCCAGUGAAGGCUACCGUUCGCAGUGCCGAACAUGCGGCGCUUAUCGAGCGGGAAGCAUCCAAGUAUGAGGCACAAUUCUCUCAAUUCUAAAUACUAUGUACUAGUUUAGAUAGUCAACAGGGUUCUCAGAGCACCUAGUCCAUAUCUCAGAGUACCUAAGCUUUGUAGCAUGACG